ACACGGAAGUGCUGAAGCCUGAAAGACCUUAACACAAGAGAAGGUUGUUCUGCGGCGAGGGAAGAAGAGGGAAGCCUUUUACCACUGCAUUUUAUUUCACUUAACGCAUCAAAGCAACAUUUAAUAUUCACAGUGAUCUCAGAGACGCGCUGCCCUCGGAGUGGGACGGAUUUCAUCUUGGAAGGUCACACGUUUAUGCAUUUUUACAGAAUUAUGCCAUGAGCAUCUACUAUUCCGUGAUGAGCGACAAGCUGCUCUUCCUCGGCCUGCUGUACUUUGUGCAGGGUAUCCCGUAUGGAUUGCAGUCUUCACUUCUUCCAGUCUAUCUUCGUGGCACUGGCCAGUCGCUAACCCGCAUCUCCUUGGCCAAGGUACUUUACUUCCCCUGGGUGCUCAAGGUGCUGUGGGCGCCCCUAGUGGACCGUGCGGGUACCAAGCGGCGCUGGUUGGUGUCGACAGUUGGUGGAUUGGCGCUUGUGUGUCUGGCGGGUGCGACCCUGUCACCUGAGCUACAGCAGGGUGGUGUGGCGGGUGUGCUGCUGGCCAUGAACGCACUGGUGUCGGUGCAGGACGUGGCAGUGGACGGUGCAGCUGUGAGGCUGCUGCGUGGCACUGCUGAGCUCGGCCUGGGCAACACGGCGCAGGUGGUGGGCUACAAGGCAGGCUCCGUCUUUGCCGGAGGUGGCCUCCUAGCCGUGAUUGAUGUAGUGGGCUGGGCGUGGACGUUUACAUUGCUGUCUUGUGUAUACGGAGGGGUGGCGUUGUUCGUAUGUGGUGUGAAUGUACUGGACGGUGAAGGAGGGCGGGCCCCAGGAGAGGCGAGAAAGCCCACGAGGGACACAACAAGACCGUGGACUAUGUGGAAGAAACUGAUGGACGUGCCGGGGACGCCGUGGACCAUGCUCUAUGUGCUUACUUAUAAGCUAGGUGAACAGGGAGCCAUCACGAUGUUCCCCCUCUUCCUGUUGGAUCAUCAUAUGACAGCGCGAGAGCUCGGCCUGUGGAACGGCGUGGUCGCCAUGGCCUUCUCUAUUUUCGGCUCCUCUCUCGGAGGAUUCUUACUCUCAAAGUACAGCAUCAGCAUGUUGAUGAGGCGUGCGUUUGUGAUCCGGACCGUCAGCAUGGUUUUCCAGUGCUCGCUACUCACUGUGCUCGAGCCCUCUCCUCUAAUGAAAGGCAUGGCAGUGUUGAGUCUGAGCAUGCAGCACUUUAUCGCAGGCCUCAUCACUACUCUCACCUUUACCUGUAUGAUGCACUGCACACAGCGAGCUGAGGAGAGCAUCCAGGCGACUCAUUACAGUUUCUUGGCCACGCUGGAGGUAUUAGGGAAGUUGUGCUUCAGCGCCCUGGCUGGAGCCAUAGUGGACACGAUGGGCUUCCCUAUUGCCUUCCUCCUCUUCCUCUUCCUCACCUCUAGCAGCGCCCUGCACGUGUGGAGAGCCGUGGACACGGGAGUUUUGAAGGAACAACUCAAAGAACAGCCGCAGUAAAUCAAGGACAGGAAGAGACGGUGUGUGUGGGUGUGUGUGGGUGCAUGAAUGUGUGUAUGAAUCCUAAAAGAACAAGUGAGAAGGAGGGGAAAAGUGUGUGUGUGUGUGGGGGGGGGGGGGGGGGGGCACGGGAGUUUUCUGCUUAAAAUGCUGGACACAUAAACCAAACAUUCUUUAUACACUAUACUCAAUGCAUAUUACAGUGAAGUGAUUAUAGAGAAGUCUGCGUUGUAGCACCAAUUCAGUAUGUCAGGUGAAGAACUCUAAAGCCAUUUCAGCGUGAUUCAGCACUGUACGGCUUGGAUGUAAUCGCUACUCAGACACAAGUGGUUUAAGAUCACGAAAAAUAUUGAUUUUUCUGGGCUGGUCCUGGUAUCCACUAACAACCAAGACCCCGUUUACACGUGGUCAUUUCAUGUGUCCUGAAUAUCGGUAUUAUAUCUGGAUAGAGAUUAUCCACGUAUAGCCGAACGUGUCAGUUUAAGGUGACUAGCGUCCUGCAGAACCUGACCAAAAAAAGUCCAGAGAGGGAUUUACAUGUGGUUAAAAUCUUAUCAGGGUACAACCCAGAUACAAGACGUACGAAAAGUCCAGGUGAAAACAGGGUAUGAAGCUCUUGCAGCAGCCAGAUAUUGCCAGCAUGCGAGAAGCUGCGGCUCGGUCUAGUCUAGCGUUUGUCCCACGACGUACUUUCCAGCUGUCAGGAAAUCUAAAU